AUGGAGGUAGCUCCUUGUAAUGUCCCAACGUAUGAUGAGGAGGAGAAGGCACUAGCAGCGUUGCUUGAGGCAUUUGGUUCUCUCUUUUCCCUUGAACAAAUUGCUUCUGUUUACUGCAAGGCAGGCCGCAACCCUGACUUAGCUGGUCAGAUUCUGUAUGAUUGGCAUGGAAGUUCACUGCCAUCUUCGUCUUCUGCAUCUUUGAAAGAGGAAAUCGAGGAAAAUGCUUCUGUUUCAUCCAAUCCCAGUGCCUCGGCUGUAUCAUGUUAUCCAGAUGAGAAGAUCGGAGCUCCAAAGCAAAAGGCACGUCCAGUUUCCGGAGGCACUGUGUCGUGUUUUCUUGGUAAAGACUAUAUCAAGUCCAAACCGGGGAGCACUGCCUCUGUUAUGUCCACAAAACCAUUGAAACUGGAUGCAAAUGACUGGCUUGUAUCUGAUGAUGGAGAAACCAAAGACAGGCAGGGUUUAUCUGUGAAUGACAAGAUGCUGGAGGGAAUGGAGGAUUUCCUUUUCAAGAUGCUAGGAAAUGGCUUUCGCUUGGAAAGAGAAAUGAUUCACGACGUUCUUGAUAAGUGUGGAUAUAACAUGCAAAAGUGCGUGGAGAAAUUGCUUGAUUUAUCGGAGAUGACUUCAGACAAAGAAGACAAAUGUUUCGGUAAAUCAGUGGAAAAGCUUCCAAAUGCAAUUUCAACUGCUGAAGGUACUAGUGAAAGUGUAAACAAAACACGGAACCGUUCACAAAGGCGAUCAGCCAUGCAAGAUAAAAAUGAUCUCCAGAAGGAAGUUUUUUCUGCACUAUUUACUGCCCCUGAUAGAGACGAGGAGCCUCCUAGGAGAAUAGUGAGGCCUAGGAGAGUAGCUGUUGCUUCACGCGAACCUGUAGUGGCACCCCUGCCUGAGGUUAUGAUUAGCAAACCAAUUAAAGCGUUGACAGGUGUUGACAAUGUUGCACCUAGAGAUGAAGCUGAAGAAGAGGAGGACGAGUACCAGCGCCUUCGUAGGGCUGUGAAGGAGUACCGAAUUACAAUGAAGGAAUAUUAUAGAUCUGCUAUUCAAGCAUUCAUCAACGAAGACCAUGAGAGAGCAGACAGACUGAUGGAACAGGGACAUUUUUUCCGUAGCAAGGCUCAACUAGCCGAUGAUGAAUCUAGCAACAAGCUCUUUGACACCAAAUACGCACAGACACAAGACCAGAUGGUGCUUGAUCUCCAUGAACAUGAUACCAAGGAAGCUAUACGCGUUUUGAAGUGUCAUCUAUCUUCUCUUGCAGGCAUCCCAUCAAUCAAUUACCUUAAGAUCAUCGUGGAGACUGAUGACGAGGAGGACAAAACCAAAGGGAGUCGUCGAAAAUACAUUAAGAAAUUAUUGGAUAGAGAUUCAAUUAGCUGGAGUGAAGAUGAAGAGAGUCGUGGAGCAAUACUGGUUAGGAUGGACAAUAUCGACAGGAAAAGCUUGACUUUUGGCAAAAAAUGA